UCUACAGAUCAAACACCGUUUUCUGGAUUUGGCAUGAUUUGGCCACACAAAAAGCACUGGUCAAAGCUCAGGUUUCCAGACCCAAGAGACUUCACCUGGGUGACUGGACCCGUGGGGUCCACCGCACGCGCGUUGAGAUUAUUUCUGAUUUCCACCACUCGCUCCCGCGGACCACGUGCGGGGCAGUGUACGUACUUCGUCAUCUUCGUCCAGGUCUUGAGACCUCAUGCGAACAAAGUGCGUUGCGUCCUGAACAAGGCGGACCAGAUCGAUGCGGCCAAUUUGGUGCGCGUCUACGGCGCUUUGCUGUGGAACGUCGGCAAGGUCUUUCAGACCCCAGAGGUGGCGCGCGUCUUCGUGAGUUCCUUUUGGAAUGAGCCCUAUCGCUUCAAGGACCACGUGACUUUGUUCGAAGAGGAUAAAGCCGCAGUCCUCAAGGAGUUGGAGUCGUUGCCGCACACGGCCCUGUUGCGGAAGAUCAACAACCUCACGGCUCGUGUCCGACGGGUGCGAACCCAUGUCACGGUCAUCGGCUACCUGCGCUCCAGGAUUCCACUCCACCUGCGAGCGCUGAAUGCGGAUAGCGCCAUUCGGAGCUGGCUUUGUGGUGGUGGAAAUCUGGAGACUUUGCUCAGCGAGGCCCAAAGAGUUCACAACCUCUCAGCGGGCGACAUGCCCAAAGUGGAGGUGCUUCGGAAGAAACUGAUGGACUUCGAAGGCCUUCUGCGGCUGCCCACGUUGGACGUGGCAGAGAUACGGCGGUUGGAUGCUGUGCUGGAGAAGGAGGUGCCAUCGCUCCUCUCCGGGGUCGGCGGAGUCACCCUGUCGAAGGAGAGUCUGAAACUGCCAGACCCCGUGCCACGGUCCAGCUUGGCCUCCUUCUUCAGUUUCGGCGCCAAGCGCCGGAGGACGGAGGGAGUUUGAGCGAGCGCCGUUCGCUCCUGUGGUGGUCGGUUCUUCACGCGAUGUUGAAUCAGCUGAGCAAAGAAUGGGUCAGCCGUGGGGAAGACUGAGGA